GACAAAUAUCUCAAAUUCACAACACAUAAAACCAAAAUGAUCUGCACUGCUAGAUAGCAACAGAUGAGAAAAUAUAUUUUAUUGUGACUUGGGUCGUCUGACCCUUUUUACUUAAUUUCUCAAACUUGUAGGGCUUUAAAUGUCUUUAACAUUGCUGAGAUUUUGGAAGUCAAUCGUGGUCCAAUAUGCAACUUACACAAGUGUGAUGUAGAAACUUGAACACGAGAAUGGACUUUUUUAGUGAAGUAAGAGACAUUUUGUGUCCAGCAGUUUAACUUUUGAAAUGAAACUUUUUGAAUAUUUACAGAUUGUGAUUUUUUUUAAUGAAGGAGCAGAUGUCAUUUUAAUCAUUUUUAACCAGGUGAUUGAACUUUUCUGUGAAAUAACACAUCAGACACAAAUUAUUAUACAAAGUAUUCUAUUUUAUAUGUCUUGAAACAUGUCUGGUGGGAAAAAUCAAUCUCAUUUCCAUCUGUGUGUGGGAGGUUGCCAAUUGCAAUCACAUUAUUUCUACCUAAUAUCCAGUUUGCAAAGGUAAAAAUUAAACCAUAAUCAAGGUCUUUGUUCAGAGCAAAAGUGAAACCAACAAACAAGAUUUGAGUGUGCCAACAACAAAGAUGUAAUCAAUCCUGCUUGGCUAGUCUGCCCUGCUUGGCAAGGUCACUUAACAGUUUUCUUCAGAUUAGAAUUGCAGAUUAACAAUGUUUUGUCUUGAUCAUAUUUAUGCUAGAUCACAGCCCUGAUAGAGUCAUGUUUGAUUAGAUACAGUACAUGCACUCAUGCACUAUUAAGUAGUUAAGCUCAGAGUUCUUAAAACACUCUGCAUUAAAGUUGUAAACUGCAACUUUGUAAUCUGGAUAAAUGUCCGACAAGUGAGAGAAAUGAGAAAAUUCAAAUAUUAGAAAAUAUAGCGUGAAUGAAUAUUUUCCUAAGAAAGUCCAAGCAGAUUCAAUGUUUACAUUUAUGUAAGUGGUUGAGUGACGCCCCCUUUCUUUCUGCAGCCAGUUCCCUUGCCAAGGAGACAGUUUUCCCGUCAAGACAAAACUGAGGAUGACUUGCCGUUAAAAUGUAUCUCCACUCCUCAGUCUCCCACAAAAUGUCCAGAGGGAGGUUUGGUCAGCUCAACUCCUCCACCAGUGUCUCCAAAGAAAUGGACAGUUAAAAAGAGUUCAGGAGGAUUUGACUCUGUAAAUGGCAGUCUGGAAAUAGUAAAGGUUGUGGCUGAACAAUCAGUUAAUGAUAACUGUAAAUCACGUCCUCUUCGACUGCCCCCAAAACCUCCAAAAGAACAGCGUGACGACAAAAACGAAAUCAUGGAUGCCAACUCUUUGUUGGAUUGGUGGAAGAAAGUGGCAUCCUGGACUUCUCUGUGCAAAGACCUCAAACUUAGAGGGGAAAGGGAAACAAACAUCAUCAAAGUUAAAGCUGAACAGCUCUAUAAAGCUAUCCAGCGUUACAUCCUCCUGCUGUCUGAACACCGUGACACUCUGAAGAAACACACUGCUGAGCUGCUCAGCAUUGCUGACAACUUAGACAAGGUUUCAAAGGGUACAAAGAUUGCUGGCAUCACAGGAGGGGCUACAACUGUAGCGGGAGGUGUGGCAGCAGCUGCCGGGGUGAUUCUGUCCCCGUUCACACUGGGAGCCUCGCUGGCCCUGACUGCAGUUGGGGUCGGCGUGGCUGCAGCAGGCGGCGUCACCGGUGCGUCAGCAGCCAUCGCCAACAAGGUGAACGUCAGUCAGGACAAGAAGAAAAUUGAAAAGAUCUUCCUGGACUAUGACAGCCUCAUGGAGGAUAUUCAGCAUUGCUUAAAGUUCAUCAAUGAGGGCAUGGAGCAGCUAAAGCAGCAUGAUCUGUCUGUUCUGAGCGAAGCCAGGAUGGAUUCGGUGAGAGUAGCCAGGAUGGUACAGCUGGCUGCUACAGGAGGAGCAAGUGCCAGGGCCAUAGAGUCUAACAGUAAGGCAUCUGGGCUGAUGCAAGGCUUCGCCCUCGGCAUGGAUAUGUACUUCACCCAAGGAAAGGAUGGUCAGAAGCUGAAGAAGGGCCUUGAGUCAAAGUUUGCGAAGAAAAUCCGCAAACUAGCAGCGGAUCUCAAUGAGGCUUUGGAUGAGCUUGUGCAAAUCAAGGAAUUGUUCAGUAAGCAUUGUUCAGGGGAGUAAAUGGUUUUUAACUUACUAAAACAAAACACAACAAGCAUCAGUUAUGUAUGUAUGUUAUGUUUGUCAGUCUCCACUUUUAUUUCCUUAUUUUUCUCCCCAAAACUACAAUUUAAGGUAUUACAGAUCUAUACGUCUAUACACUGAUUAGCCCAAAUCCUAUGAAUUAUCCUAACUUGAAUGGUUAUAAAUUUAGUGCCGAUGCUUCUCUGCUGAUAUUUUUUGUAUUUUAUUCAUUUUGUAUUCUAUUUUACUUAAUUUCAUUUUUUGAAAGACAUACAUUAUCUACUGUAUAACCUCCUGUUAUUGCAGCUUCAGACUGGACCUGAUCUUGGGGUUUACUUGGAAUGAAUAUAAUUUGGGACUUGUGUUAAUUUCUUUUAAAAUUAUUUAUAUCCUUUUAAUUUGUGUUUUAGUGUUUUAUGUUGGAUUUCCUGUUAAAUGUUUGCUUUAAACGCAUUAUGUAAAGACUUUGAAUUGCCUUUGUGUAUGAAAUGUGCUACACUACUAAACUUGCUUUGCUUAGUUUUACCGCUCAAUAUUUGGUAUUAUUUGUUACUUUUUGUGUAUUCUUACAUAAAUAUUUAAACUCAUCUAAAGUAAAUGAUAAUCCUCUAUCACACUAGCCUUAAUGAUCUAGGCCAGUUGUCACCCUAAUGAACCUUAGCCGGGUUCAUCAAAUUUAACCAACAGCUGCAAUGAAUUCACAAGAGACUGCAAGUUGCUGAUGCAGAAACAUAUCAACAAAUAAUAUAGGAAUACAAUAUAUAGCUAUGGUGCAGGGACUGCCCAUAAACAUGGCAAAGGAUGGAAAUGUCUGAAAAGUGACAGAGAAUAAACAGAUGUUUCUUCCUCCUAUUAAAGUUAGUUAGUAAUGUAUUGUCCACAAUGUGUAAAAUUGUCAUUGGCUUCACCACACAGCAUUGAGAAACAACAUAAGACAAUUUCUGAGAUAAAGAACAUUUCAUCAACAACAACAUGAUUUUAAAAUAGCCUAUAAACACGGUUGAA